AGAAAUAUGUUUUUUGUUUUCAUAAAAUAUGUAUAUUUAUCACUUGGCAUUACAUCCUUUACUUCCAGGCAGCAACAAGUGUUUGUUUUUUGCAUUGUGUUUGUAAAUUGUCUGCAGUAUUCUGCCUACUUUACCCUGCUAAUGGUCUGAACAUAACAAUGCCUGACAUAUUUCACUGCAAGACCGGGGAACUGAAUUAAUGUAAUUAUAAUAACAGGAAUACAUUUUGUUGAUUAUGUUCAUAAUUACUUCAAUCUGGCCAAAACAGAUUAAGAGCUGAAUGUAAUUCUAACAUCAAAGGAACGUUUCAGGAUACACAGAUGAUAUGGAAAGCAAACUAUAAAACAGGAAUGUCCCAUCGCCAACUGAGUACAUUCAGUGCUACACGUUUUGAGAGCUCCAUUGUCUGUUGUAGUAAACUGCUGUUGCCAGAUUAGGAUGUCAUCACACCAUGGUACCUGUUACCGUUGAUGGGUUGUAGUAUCCACACUCUGGAUACUACACACACACGCACACACACACGCACGCACACACACACGCACACACACACGCGCGCACACACACAUACAUACAAACCCUUCUCCGCUUCUGUAACUGGAGUUACCGGGUUGCGGAGUUGUGACGAAAAUAAACACAAGAUGAGACGUGAUGACGUCUCUUCCAUUGCCUAGUCCCACCGCCAGCACCUCACACACUCUCUCUCUCUCUCUCAAUCACACAUUCUGUCUACUUCUCUUCUUUCACUCGCUGCUACUCCUUCGGGAUAUUAAGACUGGGUCUGGGGACAUGGCGGGCCUGUUGUGUGGGACCAAGAGGAAGAAACAAGUAAGCAACCUUCAAGAGGAGGGGAAGAAUGCCAUCAACGCUCCCAUGCUCACCUCGGGGGCAGAUAUCCACCCUGAAGACACCUUGAUGGACGAGAAUGCUGAGAGAAAUAUGCUGGACCCAACCUCAAGAGAGAAUCCUAAAUUUAAAGAUCUUCUGAGGGUGCUGAUAGACUGGAUCAACAAUGAGUUGGAAGAAGACAGGAUCAUCGUCAAAGACUUAGAGGAGGACUGCUAUGACGGACAGGUGCUUCAGAAGCUCUUUGAGAAGCUUUCAGGUCGGAAGCUCAAUGUGGCUGAGGUGACCCAGUCAGAGAUCGGACAGAAACAGAAGCUCCAGACAGUACUGGAGGCCGUCAAUCAGCUGCUCAGGCCUCAUGGCUGGUCCAUCGAGUGGAGCGUUGACUCAAUUCAUUCGAAGAAUCUAGUUGCCAUUGUGUAUGUGCUGGUGGCUUUGGCUAUGCACUACUCAGCCCCAAUCAGACUGCCUGAACACGUCUCAGUACAGGUGGUUGUGGUUAAGAAAAGGGAGGGCAUACUGCAGACAUCCCUCGUGACUAAGGAGCUGACCACCACUACUGAGAUGAUGAUGGGUAGAUUUGAAAGGGAUGCCUUCGACACUCUUCUGGAUCACGCACCCGACAAGCUCAAUGUUGUGAAGAAGUCCCUCAUCACAUUUGUGAACAAACACCUUAACAAGCUGAACCUGGAGGUGACGGAGCUGGACUCACAGUUUGCUGAUGGGGUCUAUCUGGUGCUGCUGAUGGGACUGCUGGAGGACUACUUUGUCCCUCUCUACAACUUCUUUCUCACACCUGAGAACUUUGAGCAGAAGGUACACAAUGUUGCGUUUGCCUUUGAGCUAAUGCAGGACGGAGGCCUGAACAAACCCAAAGCCAGACCAGAAGAUGUUGUGAACCUGAACCUAAAGUCCACCCUGAGAGUCUUGUACAACCUGUUCACCAACUACAAGACAACAGAGUGAUGUCCGUCUGCCUCGCACACACACGCACACACACACACACACACGCACACACAACAAACAACACUGGGUGAGGAGAAUAAGGCCACAGUGUUUGUGGUCUCUUUAAACUCUGCGCUGGAGGAAUCCACUGAGACUUGACAAAAGUCACCCUGCCUAUCGCUGUCUGCUGUGCGUCUUGGGAUUAACCCAGAGCACUGGCGUGAAGAGAUUGAGAUUGUUUGUAUUUAAUCUUCCCAAUGUCAGUGUUAAAUUCCUCCUUUAUACUAACACUGGAGAAUGUUUUCUCAUGCCUGAAUGUCCCAACUAGAGAACGAUGGUGUGUGUUUUAUGCAAAGCCACUACUGCUAAGAAGAUAUUUAUGAUCCAUAGCUUGAACGUGCGAGUACUUGAAAUUAUUUUAUAUCUCUGAAAGCUUUAUAUUAUUAUUAUUACUGCUGAUGAAUACUAUCACUGUACCUUUUGUCUGUUUAUCAGUCCAUUUCAAUUGGACGAAUGCAUUGUAACAGAGGCCUUUAGUGUUACAGCAUUUAGUGUCUAUAGGGACCGGUUCAAGACAUACUGCAUAGCCAGUGCCAAGGUUCAGACCCUGUUGCUUUUCGCCACCAAGUGCCAUGGUAUUCUCCUACUGUAGAGUUAGAUGGCUGCAUGUAGCCUACAGGAGCCCAUUCAUGCAUUUUAGAAAGAGGGUAAAUUAUUGAGAGGUACGAGUCAAGUUUGGAAUUGCCAUGAGAUGUGCUGUUUCAACUGAACAACUCGUCUCCCUGCUUCUAUCUGCUUGGAUGUGUCUGUCUACCUAGAAAUAAAUGUUUAAACUCAGA